GGGCCACGUGAGGGCUGCGCUGGAUGCGCGGGGCGAGCUGCGCCAGCUGCGCUCCGCGGGCUCUCAGAGCGCUGGGCACCGGCCGGGCUGUGGUCCCCGCACGCCACCGUCGCCUCUCGAGCGGGCUCGGCUCACAGUGACCGGCGGCCGGGGAGAUGUGAGCCGGGGCCGGCGGGCGCGGCCGGACCGCCGCAAUGUGGCUCAAGCCCGAGGAGGUGCUGCUGAAGAACGCGCUGAAGCUCUGGGUGACCCAGAAGAGCAGCUGCUACUUCAUCCUGCAGCGGCGCCGCGGGCAUGGCGAGGGGGGCGGCCGCCUCACCGGUCGCCUGGUUGGCGCACUGGAUGCAGUGUUGGAUUCCAAUGCACGGGUCGCUCCAUUUCGAAUUCUGCUUCAAGUUCCCGGCUCCCAGGUUUAUUCUCCCAUAGCAUGUGGUGAGUUACUGAAUGGAUCAGACGUUUACUGGGCCAUAGCCACUGGUGCAACAUUAGAGGAAAUCAACCAGCACUGGGACUGGCUAGAACAAAAUCUCCUCCACACCUUGUCCGUCUUUGAUAAUAAAGAUGACAUUGCCAGUUUUGUCAAAGGGAAGGUAAAGGCUCUGAUAGCCGAGGAGACCAGCAGCAGGCUCGCUGAGCAGGAGGAGGAACCUGAGAAAUUCCGAGAAGCUCUGGUGAAGUUCGAGGCCAGGUUCAACUUCCCCGAGGCGGAGAAGCUGGUCACCUACUACUCCUGCUGCUGUUGGAAGGGCAGGGUGCCCCGCCAGGGCUGGCUGUACCUCAGCAUCAACCACCUCUGCUUCUACUCCUUCUUCCUGGGCAAGGAACUUAAACUUGUAGUUCCGUGGGUUGAUAUCCAGAAAUUAGAAAGAACGUCCAAUGUCUUUCUGACGGAUACCAUCCGAAUCACCACGCAGAAUAAGGAGCGUGACUUCUCCAUGUUCCUGAACCUGGAUGAGGUGUUUAAGGUCAUGGAGCAGCUGGCCGACGUGACGCUGCGAAGGCUGCUGGAUAAUGAGGUCUUUGACCUCGACCCCGAUCUGCAGGAGCCGAGCCAGAUCACCAAGAGGGACCUGGAAGCCAGAGCACAGAAUGAGUUCUUCCGGGCUUUCUUCAGGUUGCCGAGGAAGGAGAAGCUGCACGCGGUUGUGGACUGUUCGCUCUGGACGCCGUUCAGUCGCUGUCACACUGUGGGGCGGAUGUUCGCCUCUGACAGCUACAUCUGCUUUGCCAGCAGAGAAGAUGGCUGCUGUAAGAUCAUCCUGCCACUCAGAGAGGUGGUGAGCAUCGAGAAGAUGGAGGACACGAGCCUGCUGCCACAUCCCAUCAUCAUCAGCAUCAGAAGCAAGGUGGCCUUCCAGUUCAUCGAGCUCCGGGACCGAGACAGCCUGGUGGAGGCGCUGCUUGCGAGGUUGAAGCAGGUCCACGCCAACCACCCCGUGCGCUACGACACCUCUGUGGAUGAUGACAUGGCUUCACCUGUGUUUCAUUCAACAAGCAUGUGCAGUGACCACAGGUUUGGGGAUCUUGAAAUGGUGUCUUCUCAAAAUAGCGAGGAGAGUGAGAAAGAGAAGAGCCCGCUGCUGCACCCCGAUGCCCUGGUCACUGCCUUCCAGCAGUCAGGCAGCCAGAGCCCUGACUCCCGAAUGUCCAGAGAACAGAUAAAAAUAAGCCUGUGGAAUGACCACUUUGUGGAAUACGGCAGAACCGUGUGUAUGUUUCGCACAGAGAAGAUUCGGAAGCUUGUGGCCAUGGGCAUCCCUGAAUCUUUGCGUGGGAAACUCUGGCUUCUCUUCUCAGAUGCAGUGACGGAUCUCGCCUCACACCCUGGUUACUACGGGAAUCUGGUGGAGGAGUCCCUGGGGAAAUGCUGCCUCGUAACCGAGGAGAUAGAACGAGACCUGCACCGCUCCCUGCCAGAGCACCCUGCCUUCCAGAACGAAACGGGAAUCGCUGCUUUGAGGAGAGUCUUGACGGCCUAUGCCCACCGGAACCCCAAGAUUGGAUACUGCCAGUCCAUGAACAUCCUGACCUCCGUGCUGCUGCUGUACGCCAAGGAGGAGGAAGCCUUCUGGCUGCUGGUUGCUGUGUGUGAGCGGAUGCUGCCCGAUUACUUCAACCACCGUGUGAUCGGGGCGCAAGUGGACCAGUCUGUCUUCGAGGAGCUCAUCAAGGGUCACCUCCCAGAGCUGGCGGAGCACAUGAACGACCUCUCAGCCUUGGCAUCCGUCUCUCUCUCGUGGUUCCUGACCCUGUUCCUCAGCAUCAUGCCUCUAGAGAGUGCAGUGAAUGUGGUAGAUUGCUUCUUCUACGAUGGCAUCAAAGCCAUCUUCCAGCUGGGACUGGCUGUACUUGAGGCCAAUGCUGAGGACCUGUGCAGCAGCAAGGAUGAUGGCCAGGCCUUGAUGAUCCUCAGCAGGUGGGCCCCGCUGUGCCUCUGUGGCCAACCAGAGAUGGAGGAGGCAGCAGCACGUGCCCAGCAGGGCCAUCAGUUUCUAGAUCACAUUAAGAAUGAGGACAGCCCAGGGCCCCCAGUUGGCAGCCACCAUGCCUUUUUCUCCGACGACCAGGAGCCCUACCCUGUGACUGACAUUUCAGACCUGAUCCGGGAUUCCUAUGAGAAAUUUGGAGACCAGUCUGUGGAGCAGAUCGAGCACCUGCGUUACAAGCACAGGAUCAGGGUCCUCCAAGGCCAUGAGGACACCACAAAGCAGAACGUGCUUCGAGUCGUUAUCCCGGAAGUCUCAAUUCUUCCUGAAGACCUAGAGGAGCUCUAUGACUUAUUCAAGAGAGAACACAUGAUGAGCUGUUACUGGGAGCAGCCCAGGCCCAUGGCCUCACGCCACGACCCCAGCCGGCCCUAUGCCGAGCAGUACCGCAUAGAUGCCCGGCAGUUUGCACACCUGUUUCAGCUAGUCUCGCCCUGGACCUGUAGGGCCCACACGGAGAUCCUCGCCGAAAGGAUGUUCAGGCUGUUGGAUGACAACAUGGACCAGCUCAUCGAGUUCAAAGCAUUUGUGAGCUGCCUCGAUAUUAUGUAUAAUGGAGAAAUGAAUGAGAAGAUUAAACUAUUAUACAGGCUUCAUAUCCCUCCAGCACUCACUGAAAAUGACCGAGACAGCCAGUCGCCAUUGAAGAAUCCUCUGUUGUCAACGUCGAGACCCCUGGUUUUUGGGAAACCCAGUGGUGAUGCAGUUGAUUAUCAGAAACAGCUGAAGCAGAUGAUUAAGGAUUUAGCCAAAGAAAAAGAUAAAACUCAGAAAGAAUUGCCCAAAAUGAGCCAGAGAGAAUUUAUCCAGUUCUGUAAAACUCUGUACAGUAUGUUCCAUGAAGAUCCGGAAGAAAAUGAUUUGUACCAAGCCAUAGCCACAGUCACCACACUGCUGCUGCAGAUCGGGGAGGUGGGGCAGCGAAGUAGCAGCUCUGAAAGCUGCUCCCAGGAGUGUGGGGAGGAGCUGCCGGCCUCAGCUCCUUCUCCUGAGGACUCAGUUUUUGCAGACACUGGGAAGACGCCCCAGGACUCCCAGGCAUUUCCAGAGGAGGCCGAAGGGGACUGGACUGUCUCCCUUGAACAUAUUUUAGCUUCACUUCUGACUGAACAGUCAUUAGUAAACUUUUUUGAAAAGCCACUGGACAUGAAAUCCAAACUUGAAAAUGCCAAGAUCAAUCAGUACAAUCUCAAAACUUUUGAAAUGAGCCACCAAUCACAGUCUGAACUUAAGCUGAGUAACUUGUAGCAAGAUCGCAGCUGCUAUGCACACUGGAGUCCGCCAUACCAAAGCACGAACCAGAUUGUUUCUUGGGGUCAGCCCUAAACCGAGAUUUCAGUCUGCUUUACAAAUGGGGCAUCUGGAUAAACAACCUGACAAAACUGUAGCCAGGGGAACCAACACAACCCUCAAGCAUCUCUGUGUAUUCUUUCUUUGAGAAUUGUCAGUGCCCUCGCGUAUCCAUUGGUUCCCUUGAUGCCAACCUACAAUUUUUACCAGAUUCGCUGAAAUGGGCACUUCUGCUGUGAUUUUGCUCUCAGAUGAACAGUGUGUUAUACUAACCAAGAAGCAAGAAAAGCCCCAUGCUUUCAUUUUUCACUUGGAAUGACAAUGGGAGAGGUCAGGAAUCAAGUUCACUUUCAAGAUCUAAGGGAGUCCACUAUCUGUGCAAUUGUAUUUGGCUUUUUUUUUGCACUGUUUCAAUGCUGGUAAUUGAAACCAUUUUAAUAUAUUUGGUUUUAUUCACUUUAUAUGUCCUUCCAAAAAUGUUGUGUACAAACCAUGCUUUCAAUGUUGGCCUCCAAGUUUUUUAAUAAUAAGAAACUUUUUGUAUUUA